CUUUGUAUGGUAUCCAUGAUCAAUGGGGCAUGGAAAUUUAACGAUAUCUCAGAACACCUCGUCGAUAUUGUACACUAAACAACACACUAUAAUUUUAUCAUAUGUACUCGUACCAAGUUCAUUCGCUGUAUAAUGACACGAAUAGUAGGAUGAAACAUGAUGUGAUUACGUACAAAUUGUUGUGAAAUUAUCGCCACAUUUUUCAAAACACCGAUAUGAAUAACACAUUGUGUUGGGUGUAAAUGGAAAUAAUUCUUCACCAGGUAGGAUAUUAGAGAAAUGAGAUUAUUUCACAGCGGAACAGUAACCUUGUUAGUUCUAUGCAUUAUUGUUCCUGCGAUAGUUCAUGGUGAUGUGUCUUCUGCUUGGGGAAACUGGGAUAGUUGGUCGGCGUGUUCUGUGACUUGCGGCUAUGGUUCCAUAACAAAAACAGGAUACUGGUACAAUGAAGAAGGUGUGAAGACGAACGAAACAUUUGUCCAACAUUCAGGCUGCUAUCUUGAUAUAAAGUGUCCAGUUGACGGAAACUGGACUAUGUGGUCGCCAUAUUCUGCGUGUUCUAAGCCAUGUGGACAAGGAAUUCGGACUAGAAAUAGAUACUGUACCAAUCCCAGACCACUUAAUGGAGGCAAUGAGUGUCUGGGCGGUGGUUCGGAUCAGACAAACUGCAAGCUUGAUGACUGUCCACCCAUACCACCAAAUUUCGAUAUUGAAACAUGCAAGCAACCAGGGAAACUUUGGUGUAAAAGUAAACGGAUGUGUGUAGAAGCGUCUGAGCGGUGUGAUCGGAAAGUCCAAUGUCAUGAUGGAAGUGAUGAAAGUCUGUGUUAUAAAUACGGAAAUAGUGCUGGAGGUAUAACUUUGCCUCUAACAAGUAUUGCCGUAUUGAUCAUCCUGUUUAUUAAUCUUAUUUGAAGUCCAGCAGUAGAGUCUUAGAAUGUCAAUAUUCCAGCCAAAGAAUUGCAUAAUUCCAUAAACUUGUUCAUUUGCUAUGGAAAUCCAUUAUAUUAUCAUUUGUUUUUCCAAACAUGUACACAUGAAUGGGACUUUUAAUGAGUGAAAUAUACCGGUAUAUUGUUUGUAUGUCUGUUUCAUUUUGUACAUUUAUUUUAUGAAUUUAACGAAAUGAAAUUUAGACAGUUGAUUGAAAUUAAGUGUUAAACAAAAUAUAUAUUAUGCCAUGUUAUCAUUGUAACUAUGUCCAUAUUUUAUCAAAAUUGCCCUUUUGCUCAUGCGUCACGGAUGUUUCUGUUGUAUAUCAUCUUCUUUAUUCGCAAUUUAAAGAAAGAAAAAAAAGCACCACACAAGGACUAGUUCAUUUUUGUUAGAUCGAAAUGCAUUUUUUUGUCAUAAACUCAUAUUGGAAAAAUUUACCAUAACCAUUGCUUGACAUAUGUGCUUCAAAACAUGCUUGCUUGCCAACGUUUCAUGCAGAUAGCAAUCUAUAAUAUAAUAUGCAUUUUUCCUUUCCUUUUUUUUUUUUUUUUUUUUUUAACUCGGAUAGGCCUAAGAAAGGUUGUAGUAUGCUUUUACAUCGAAAAGGUUGCAGUAUGCUUUUACAUCGAAAAGGUUAAAGUAUGCUUUUACAUCGAAAGGGUUGCAGUAUGCUUUUACAUCGAAAAGGUUGUAGGAUGCUUUUACACUGAAACCCAACCUUUAUGAAGUCAACAAAGAAGAGGAUAAAAACAAAGGGGCAUUACGAUUUUUUAUGAUGAUGUAUGUUAAAUGUUAGAGAAGUCAACAUGCAGUUUUCGAGCAACGACAAGGAAGAUACCGAAAAAGUCAAGCUCUAAAUUGACUAGGCCAAGAUAUUCAAAUCUAGCUUAAAUAACUUCAAUACAGACUAAACAAGAUCCGUCACCAAACCGAGUAAAGAUACAAGUGAAUAAGGAAGCGUGUAUCAAAUAUCAAAGAAUAUACAUUUUAAUUGAUAUGAUAUUUUAUUGAUAAAAUGGUUGGUUCGUCUUUUAUUUAGUUUAGCAGGUACAAGCAAAUUCCAACCUAUCUUUGUUAUCAGUUUUGAAAUGAGUUGUUUAUUUACAUGAUUCACUGCAUCACUGUAUAUACAACUACUACAGUUUGGACUUGUAUUGAUGCUGGUUUAAAACAGAAAAGUAUACUAGUGGCGAUUAUAUUUUAUUUGGCUAUGACAUGUCCAGGAGACUGCAUGAUAUACCAUAUUUAAUUUAUAAACCAUUUUAAAGAAUUAAUUGUUUUCGAGUUAUGUAUACAUUCCGAUUAAAUCUGAAUCUCUAUUUCCUCGAAUCUCUAUACUGCCAUUCUAUGUUGUUAUAAUUAUUUUAAUUGAAUGUUGUUUGAAAGUGCUCCAUACGCUAGUUUUAUAUACUCCUUGUAGUUUAUUACAUGUAUAUGUUUCUUUACUGCAUGAUUUUAUAUUUGUUUGUAUUACUAUUUUGAUUCAUAUUUUUUACCAUUUAUGUAAUUUUUUACUAGAAUUUGUGCUUGUUUGUAUGCUUUGUGUUUUUAUUUUACACAUAUUUCUUUGGUUCAGACAGCUAAUUUGAAAUAAUUUCCCGCAUUCCCACAUGAGUUAUCUUGUUAAAUUGGAUCAUUCAAAAUUAAUCUCUUCGAAAAGAAUAAAUUAUGAUCAAGUAUUGUAUAAAAGGUUCCAAUAUACCAAACUAUCAGUGUUAUAGAAUAGAGUGUAAAAGAGGGAUCUGUUUGACCAUUAGACGCUUGUUACAGUCAUCAGAACAAAUUCUUAUAAAGAUAACAGAAAACAAAUACAAAUUCAAAAUCCUCUGAAACUGAAAGAUUUCAAUGUAAGAGAAUCUGAUAACAACAAUUAUCUAAAUAAUAAUAAGUCUACACUUGUGAUAUGCUACUUUGAUGAAACAGUUGGAUCAUAUUUGAUAAACUUUACCAGUAUCAACAUGACUUCCACUUUUACAGAAAAUUUGAUAUAAAACUAACUAGAACUUGAUAACUAUACAAAUUAAGACCCUAACCACAAUUAACAAACGUGCCAUGACCGUCACCACACAUAGACAAUUAGAUAACAAUAAUGUUUUCAGAAAUUCCACAAAAAUGUAUUAUCGAAUUUGAAUUUAUUGUUGCUAACUUCAACAACUUUUAAACAUAGUUUCAUUUGACACUAAAAAUAAAAUGUGAGGUGGAAAAAUUAACAUAGUUAUAACCAGAUGUUGCUAAUAAAGUUAUGUGUUUGUGUUUUUAACGGAAGUUACUUCCAUUGCUAUGAGCAAUACAUCACCCUUAGGCCUCUAGCCUAUAUGUUUGUGGCAUUACAUUUUUAUUGGACAAACAUGGUUGUAGGUAUGAUGUUAUGUGCAAGUAAAAUAAAACACAGUGCAAUUUUAUCAUUGUAUCAUUUUUGUAUUUUUUUUGUGAUAUGAACAAUCGGAAAUGGGUAGGAUCUGAAUAAAACGCUGCUUUUCCAAUG